AUGGUGUCGAUGGCCCAAGACAUUUAUGAUGGAAUCUCAGGGUCCCUUACGGGUGAGGAUAGAAGUGAAGGUCUCUUGGCGGUUCUGACGAUAUUUAUCGCGCUCUCCUGUUACAAUGUCCUUGAGCUCGUUGUUCUGGUGCUCUCCACUUUUCGGCGGUGGAAGGGGCUAUACUUCUGGAGUCUUUUGAUCUCCGGAGUUGUGGGAGUUGUGCCAUACUCAAUCGGUUUCCUGUUGAAGUUUUUCAGUCAUGUUGACUCGACGUUCUCUGUCAGUAUCCUUACCGUCGGCUGGUGGACAAUGGUGACAGGCCAAUCUUUCGUCCUCUAUUCUCGGUUACAUCUUGUGCUUCGAGACGAACGGAUCCUUCAUCGCGUUUUGUACAUGAUCAUAGCAAAUGUCUUCCUUCUGCACGUGCCAACAACCGUCUUGACGUACGGGGCAAAUGUCGUCGCUGACGAGCCUUGGGUAGUAGGCUAUAACGUCAUGGAGAAGAUUCAGAUGACCGGGUUCACGAUUCAGGAAGUCAUCAUCUCAGUACUAUACGUCUGGGAGACAAUCAGGAUGCUUCAGCUCACCUCCAGUCGUGAGAACCGGAAAAUAAUGCAUCAGCUGGUCGGGAUCAACGUGAUGAUUGUCACAAUGGAUUUAGUGCUUCUGGGACUUGAGGGGUCGUCUACAGCGUGA